AUGACAGGAGACAUGUCAGAACAGACUCAUCAUCUUCUUGACCCGGCUACCCAAGCUUCAACAAAAAUUUCACUGUCAGCUAAACCAGACUGUCUGGCCACGUACACUGACGAAGUGGAGUUUGUCCUUGACAAUACCGCAUCAAGCUCACUAGCAGAUGCUCUGCCUUUUAGUCAGGAAACAGUUCGCAGAUUAGCAGAGGCUCCUAUCUCUCAGCCAAAAGUUCAGUCUCCUCCAUUGGGUCUGAAUCUGGAAGUCAGUUCGCGGUUCAAUCGGGGACAAAUAGUUAGCAGUUUGGUCACUGAGCCAAAUGUUCCGAUAUUCCAGGCUGAGGAAAUGGUGGAAGGUCCAUAUGCUCCAAACCCUUCUAGGACCUCGCAGCUCAAAAAUCGAAGCGCCCGACAAGAGCCGGAAAACUAUAUUCCUAUAAGGUCUAGUGCCUCCAGCCCACCCUUGCUUGGCUACAGUCAGUCAAGCGGUCGGCUACACUGGCGUGUACAAAGUGCGAACGGUGAAGUGAAGGGAGUAGUACCAGCUGUCUGUGUUUGCAUUCUACCCUAUGAUCCAGAGACAAAAGAAGUUGCAAAACAGUAA